GGAGAAUCAUGGAGGGGGGGAAAAUAUUAAAAACACUCUGUUGUUUAUGCUGUUCUGCCUGGAAUAAAAAUUGAAGCUGUGCUGCUGGAGCAGGACUGACUGAGGCUCUGCUGCACUUGUUCUUUUUAGAUAGACAUGAAGGAUGACUUUAGGAUUACUAUGUGGUUUCCAGCAAUGAAGGCGACUGUAUCGUUUUACACAGCCUAUCUGCUGUGUUUGGUGCUCAGUGUGGUGUGUGUGGUGCUGGUCAUCUCCUGGAAUGCCACCUACCGUGAAGGCUUCUCCUGGGAUGGGAAAAACACGCAGUUCAACUGGCAUCCCGUGCUCAUGGUGAUUGGCUUGGUGGUGCUGUACGGAAACGCUGCUGUGGUGUAUCGUGUCCCACUGACCUGGAUUCAGGACAAACUGAUAUGGAAGAUUGUCCAUGCUUCCCUCCUUCUCCUUGCACUGAUUUUCACCAUUGUGGGCUUGUGUGCUGUGUUUGACUACCAUAAUGCCAAUAAUAUACCAAACCUUUACUCGCUGCACAGCUGGGUGGGAAUCCUCACCAGUGCUUUGUUUGCUGCUCAGUGGGUUGUUGGAUUUGGAGCUUUCCUCCUCCCGUGCUCUCCUGUGCCUCUCAGAGUGUUUGUCAAACCUGCUCACGUGUGGAUGGGAGCCAUUAUCCUGGUCCUUAGUGUUGUGUCCUGCAUCUCUGGCAUCAACGAGAAGCUGUUUUUUGCACUAAAAAAGGGAACCAAUGGGACGCUGCCAUACAACCAGCUGCCACCGGAGGCGGUACUCGGGAAUUCACUUGGUGUCGUCAUUGUGGCUUUGGCACUGGUUGUCUUGAAAAUCCUGUCCAAUCAGGCUUGGCAACGUCCUGAACAAAGGACCGAGGAGGCGGGGUACAGGCAAUUGCCAGGGGACAACAGCUGAAGUUUCAACACCUUUCCUUUAGCUUUCUUGGUGCUGUCUGGAUCAGUUUAAAUGCACAGAGGUUUAUCUGCUUGGAGCAUUGCUUUAAGCAGUCUUAAGUCACUUUUUUUUUUUUUAAAUUACACGAUUUGUUUUGUAUUUGGACACUUGAUUGCCAUUCAAGUGUGCAGUGCAGCAUUAAAAGCAGUGUCAAAAAGAAAGUGGGCUAGGAUGAUUUUAAAUAAAUAUUCAGAUGUGAGCUUCAUUGUGUAUGUAAAUGUGAUUCUGUGAAUGACUAAUAAAAUGUAUGACUUUUUAAAGUGAGAA